AUGAUGUGAGCAACAUGGCCUCUGAAAUGUUUUAUGGUGUCAAGAAAAUGAUUCCAGGUGGGAAGGAUGGAAGAAAAGUAUGUGAGGUUAUUGGAAAAUUUUUAGGUUUUGUGGCGUUGUGUCAUCCAUUUGAUCCUAAACAAAAUGACUCAGAAUUUGAUAAAAUGUCGAUUAGUGAUGACCCAUUGAUUCAGUUUAAAACUUCUGAAGUUCGUGAUGAUAAGAUCGGAAAGAAAACAUAUAAUAUUGAAUUGAAUUUAAUGACCAAAAUGGGAAUGUGUACUGGGCAGUCAUUGUCUCAAAAAACAUUCCUCAUCAAUAAUCCAAUCGUGAUAAAAGCUUGUAAGAAGCUUGAAAAGAGUUUUUCAUUGGGACAUAAAAAGAAAGAUGCUAAAAAGGAUAAAAAAAAUGGGUAUCAUAGAUCAGAUAUUAAUAUAAAUGUAUUGUUUUAG